AUGGGUAGCACUCCCAAAAUCACCCCGUCCGUAGCGGCGAGCCCUGCAAAGGGUAAAGCUGCUGCCCUUGCCGCCACCACUACCACCACUACCACCAAGAAACCUCCCGCAAAUGGUGUUACCAAGCGACUCGGACGCAAGUCCGCCGCCAAGAAAGGCGCUGGUCGUGGUAAGGGACGAGGCCAGAAGAAAGUUUACAGUGAUCCACGCGUCCAAGCUGCUUAUGAACGCCAGAGGGAACUAAGAGACCUUUACUCACAAGUUGCCUUAGCUGUCAAGCCGGCUCUUGAGGAGAUUGCCGAUCAGACCCUCAAGAAGCUGACGGAAUCCAUGGAUGGCCACAAGGGAGUGGCAGAGUACUACACCGUUCAAGAACAGCUAGACAAACAACUCCAGCAUGUUAUUGAGACUGCUGACCGAGAACGACACACAAGAGACAUGAUUUCGCAGCGCUCAUACGAGCUUGAUUGCAUAUAUACCCAGAAGAAAUUCGUGGACUCAUUCGAGUACCAAACCGAAGAACUUUACGACGGCGCUGAGAACCGCGCCAGCAUUCUAGCAGAGCUCCACCGUGAAGGUCAAGCUAUCGAUCCCACCCAGACGCUUGACCUGACUUAUCAUUACGUUGACCAUAUACCUUACGUCUCAUUUACCGGUCAAUCGGAUGAUAUUGUCACUUCAGGCAAAGGCCGUAAAGGAAAGGCCGUUGGUAAGCGGAAAGCGGAUGAUCAACUUGAUGGGCAAGCCGAUUCCAAGAAGCCUCGACAUACCGGUGGCCUGCUUGCCUCAGAGCAACAGCCCGAUGGUGUACCAGAAUCUAAUGUCGCGACACCGACGCCACCUGAUGAGCAGGAAUUUGUUGUUUCCGGCAAAAACUUCCCGGACCUUCCCGCCGGCGCAGGCGAUCCUGACGAGUAUGGCGUUCGCAGCGUCAAUAAGCGGGCAAAGAGCCCACGCAAUAGGUUUAUUGUCCCGCCCUUAUUCCAAUUCGACGACAAGGAAAUAGGAUUCCGAGAUUCCACCAACGACUCAACCCGCAAGGCCACCCGCGCGGUUAGAGGCAUGUUCCUCGACACGCCCAACUCCAAUACCUGGCAUUGGGACCACACAGUCAAGGACUACGACGCCCGAGACUAUAAGGAUGAUACCCUAGACCCAGAGGUUAUAAAGAAGCACGGAUUACAUCCGAAGUAUGGCAUGUUCCUCCCCAACUCUACUAACGAGUCGGAAUAUGGCCAUGAGCGUGUCGACGGGACCCGACCUGUUGUUGUCGUACCCGACAAGAAUACUACCAUUCAUGCAUCCCGAUCGACUCGACCUAUGAAGAUGGACAUGAUGCUGAAGGAGGAUAGAAUCAAGUGUGCUGUGGCAGGAAUGCUUCAGAGCUUUUGCCAAGAGGAAGACGUCGACCCCGAAGAAAUUGUCACCGAUGAAAUGCGAGAUCGCGAGCGCAGAGUUCGUGAGAGACUGACCAUGUCCUCCGAUGACACCUCUUCUUUGGAGGCAGCAACCCAUGCCCAGUCAGCAGAAACUGAUGGCUCUAUCUACAGAGACAAUAUGUCUCUUCUUCUCCAGGCUGCCGAGAUCUCGGACGCUGACAAGCCUACUCAACCGUCUCCUACUACACGGCCAUCUCGCCCUUAUGAUGCGGUGAGAGACGUUUUUACGAGCGCAGAGCCGGCUCCUAGCCGCCCAGAACGCCAUUCGGAAGCGGGUGUCAAUGUACUUUCUAUCUUUGCGGACGCUGCCUUGGAGCUGUCCCAAUACCAACAGCUACAGCAGCAGCAGCAGCUACAGCAGCAGCAGCAACAGCAACAAGCAGACAUUGCGCUCAUGAGCGAUUCUUCUAUGAUCGACCCUCGUCUUCUCGGUCCACCUACUCAGCCCCCGGCUCUCCCCAAUGCAUUCUUACAAACCGCGUUGAACCCUGCCUCGGCUUUCACACAUAUCGCACCAGCUCCUACCGCAAUGAUGGAAGUACCGCAGCAACCUGCGCCCCCUAGGAUCCCAUUCUCGAGCCAGAGCAGCGUGAAGGAGAGUCCGAUUCUACCUCCCCUGCGGCCUAACAGAGCGGAUGGUCUAGGAAAGAGUUUGAACAUAGCACAACUUCCUUUAACUCAAUCUACUCACAGACAGCAGGAGUUUGAUUCUCCCCGUGGACUAGUUCGCUCGAAUUCGGGGACUUUCUUUGCACCUGCACCGUCACGACCCUUUCACCAGGGUCUUACUUUUCAUCACGAGUCAACUCUGAUGCCCAUGUCUGUUCAGCAAGGCCCGCCUAUGUCCGGCUCUGGCAUGUUGCUAAACCAACCUCACAUACCUCCUCACAUGUCUGCUUAUCCUCUUGAAAUGUCCCCUCCCGUACAGAGCCAGCCGUACUUGGCCCCUCUAUCCACACAGAUGGAAGUUCCCGCGCCUUCGACAUCACCGACUGGCCCACCAUUGACAUCUCCUUCGUCGCCCGCCCAUACACCCCGCAGUAGGGGAUCUACAUCAUCGAACGGCAACAACGCUGGAAAAUACCGCAAGAUUGCUGCUGCACCUAUUCCCCACAACCGCCCUUGGCCUUCCAACGGUGGCACCGAAUUGAGACUCGCGCAUUAUGAUCACAAGGAAGCGAUCAAAGACUACCGAGCCAACGAGCCGCCCCCGCGAACCGGACCUACAACUAUUAGAGGAUGGAACGUAAACAACGUUUCCAAGAGUCGAAACAAGAAUGUGAAGAAGGAGGACUCCGAGGAGAAGGAAUCUCCAAAGUAG